AAUACAAAUCUUCCAAAUAGAUUUAAAGCAAGUGAAAUGCCAGAUAAAGUUAAACAAUGGAUUAAUGAAUUACAAAUUGCAGCUGAACAUUCUGAUAAUAUGUUUAUAAAAAAGUUGCUAUUGGCUUAUAAAGUUUUAUCUACAAAUGAAUUUAAUGAUUUAACAAAUAAAAUUAAAUGUAGAUUAGUAAAAGUUUUAGAAACAUUUAAACAAUAA